CAAUGUGUUUCUUGCUGAGAUGGGAUUCUCCCGCUGCCUGGAGGUUCUGUGUUGCUGUAGUGUGGUUACAUGAAGGGUGUGUAGUGAGCACUGUACAGGGCUGUGUCAGUUUCACAGACUAAUGUGCCUUGGAAGCUACAGACCACACAGUACAUCUACAGGAUUCUGGAAAUUCUGAAAGGAUGCAAACUCUCAGUAAAUGUUCUGAGUACAUGUAAAAAUGAAUUAGGAAGAGCUGAUGUGAACACGGGAGAUGAGAGAUGGAUAGCUGAGCAGGCAGUGGGAAUCCAUACAGCUUCCCCAGAGGUUGCUGGCCAGAGACAAGAAAAGGCAUGAAGCUAAAUGAGAGGAACUUGGUGUAUUAUGCCACCUGCAAGUCACCAGUGGACAAAAGUGGCUAUCUCUAUAAGAAGGGUGAACGGAAUGCUUCAUAUCACAAGCGCUGGUUUGUGUUGAAAGGUAACAUGCUCUUUUAUUAUGACAGCGAGGACAGUAAAGAGCCAGUAGGAGUGAUUAUACUGGAAGGAUGCAGAGUGGAACUGUGCGAGUCUACUGAAGAGUUUGCUUUUGCAAUCCGGUUUGGUUACGCCAAAUCCCGUGCCUAUAUUCUGGCUGCUGAUAGCCAAAGUACUAUGGAAUCCUGGGUAAAAGCUCUUUCCAGAGCAAACUUUGAAUACAUUAGACUUGUGGUAAAGGAUUUGCAGGAACAACUUACUGAACUACAGAAAAGCCAAACCUCUUCUAGCUGCACUCAGGGUUCUAUAGAUACAAAUCCCAAUUUCCAGAGUGCAGACCAGGCUGUGCCUAGCUUUCAGAAUCAGCCAUCUAUAAAGGACAAUGGCUGUGCUUUAUGGAACAGCAUUUCAAAUGACUUGCCUAAUGGCUUCACCAUUACAAAUGGACCAAAAUGUAAAGACACAACAGAAAAUUUAGCUGAUGCCUCAGGGAGAUAUGUCAAGAUCCACUCCUUGGAGCCGGAGAAAACUGUGCAGGCUGGCUUUGUUGGUGGUGAAGAAUGCACCUCUGAUGAGUCAGAUAAAGACCUUUCCAACUUCUCAAAGCUUCACGAUUUCUAUGGGGAAGAAAUUGAAAAACUCCGGACCCAGUGGGCUGAACAUUUCCAUAAACAGUCAUAAACUCUGAAUGGGAGAAGUCUGAGUAAUGGCUGGCUGGGUCAGUCACAUGACAAAACCCCCUGUGUGUUUGUUAAAGUUCCUCAGCGAGGAGCCAGAAUCACAAUUCCCAUUGUUCUUUUUCUAUAUAUUGUUUUUGUUGGGUAAUGUUGCCACACACUUGAAAGUAUAAUUAAUAUUUUUAAGUAUAAAAUGUAACCCCAAAAUUGCGGAAAGCGAUUGUACCAUCAUAGGCCUUGUUCAUAUUAUCCUUUUUCUAUUUUUAUAAUUCAUUUUUAAACAUUGAUAAUGAUGACAUACUGUAGAUUAUUUUAAACUUUAUGGAAAGCAUCAGCCUGGACCUGCCAUUUCCAUGUGAAAUAAGCACAGAGACAGUGGACAUCUUUCUCAAGACUAUUAGAAUGCUGUAAAAUCUCUUGCCUCCAUCUCCUUUGCAUCUAAUGCCACAGGCAGGUUGGAGGUGACAGAUUUUAUACAUAUAAAUAUUACAUUUCAAGUUGAUAGGAAGUGGAUGUCUAUAAUAAAUUUGUAUUAAAUACCACUGAAUCAGAAAACCUUAAUUCACAAGUUCUGAUUUGAAAAUAUACAUUAGUGGAGGUUUUUUAAAUAUAUUUUUAUUGAGAUAGAAGCGAAUAUGUAACAAAAAUCAGACAUAAAUUGACAUUGAAUUUGCAGUGUCACAGGUCACAAAUAUAAGCAUAGCACCAAAAGAAGAGCAUAAAUAGAAUAGAAAACAUAUAGCUAUCAAGUACAAAGUCAUCAACUAUUCAAAGUAGGUACGGUCAACUAGAUAUCCCAGUAGGGAUGGACAUUGCAUUGCGAUGGUUCACAAUCAUUGAUGGUUUUUUUGCGAUGGCAGUGGUUUUAUCAUUUAAUGGCGGCAUUCUGAUGUCUGGCACCAUCAAAUGGUAAACAAUUGAUUGUGUUCCGUUGGUCCUGCACCCAGUCCCAUCCCUGGCCGGCCAUGCUGCAGAGGUUUGUGCAUGCGCAAACAGGGUUUUAUUGUGCGCAAAUCGUAUGAUUUUCUUUUCUAUCGAAUUCUUUUGAUGCCAUGGCCAUCGCAUCAAAAGAUUCAAUGAUGGAAGCCCAGCCAUCAUUUGAUGGUGAGCUUCCGAUGUCCCCUUCCCUAUUUCCCAGUAAUCAAGGAGCAGAGGUCAAAUCAAUAGAUGAAUCCCCCAACUGCUGUCUUGUUGCAUAACAUUGGGUAGAAGGAAAACAUUGCUGUAGUUGUUUAAAGUCAUAGUGGUGUUUUUUUCUUUUUCUUUUUUUUUUUCCUGUUUUUUUUUUUAAAGUUAUCUUGCAUGCAGAAUGACCUAAAUAUAACACAUAGUGCCUUUCUUAGAUGGGAGCAAAUCAAAAAGAGCAAGUAACUUUGUAUCUGAAACAAACCAUACUGCAAUGCAAGGGGUUGCAUAUACAUUAAUUUAUUUUACAUGCAGAGUAAUUACUUUUGUUACACUACAGUGUAGAUUUGAGUUUGGAUACUCUCCUACCAAGUCAUAAUCUCUCUGCACAUUUUACAUCUGUCCCACCUUCAGUGCAGCAUGGUUUUGGCAAAGUGUAAAGUUAUUCCUUUUAUUUGCUUUACUCUGACCUCAGAAUCAGUCCCACGGACCUUUCUUUAAAAUCCCGUUCUCUGGCUGCUGUUAACAGAAAGCAUGUUGUAAGUAGUGCUGUGACAGGGGAUCGGUAUUGUAUACUGCGGUGCGGGAUGCCAAAGGUCAGUAUACCGACAUUGGCAUCCCGAGUGGUGGAAUGCCGGCAGGGGGUGAGCGCAACAAAGCCCCUUGCGGCUUCGGUUGGGAGCUGCGCUCGCCACAGGUUCUAUACUCCGUCUAUGGGUGUCGUGGACACCCAUAGAAGGGGAGUCACCUACCUCGCCAGUAUACCGGCGGCGGUAUGGUGCUCCAAUCGGGAUCCCAGCAUCGGUAUUGUGACAGCCGGGAUCCCGACGAGCGGUAUUCUGAACACGUACCGUAACAGGGGCUUAUUGUGAUGAGAGCAGAUCAAUCAUUGUUGCAAAACUAUUAAAUUCUCCUAUGUUUAAAUGUUGCCGGGAAUUAAGAACGAGAUUUAUUGUUAAUUACACAUUAAUAAUCUAUAACUUGUUUGAUAAAUUAAAUCACCACACCACCUUGCAUGCAUGUGUUCAUUUUAUGAUACAGUACAAAUUUAGUUUAAAAGCACUCCAUAGAGAGAGCAGCAGCGCCACAUCCUGGCUGAAACAAUGUACUGCAUUUCAGCUAUUUAAAAACUCCAAAUGCAAAUAAUUCCAGUAAUGUGUCUCUUAGCAGUAUGAGUGAUCUUAGGCCUAACUUAUACGGCCAGCUGGUUGCUAUCAUGUUUGCAAAGCUUUCAAUUUAUAUAAAAAGUUGGCAGUUGUACAAAAUCUGUUGAAAAACUGUAAUGCAACACAAAAUAUUUUUUUUUUAACUAUACAGAAUUUUAAAUAUAUAUAUCUUUCACCUGUUUCCUGGUGAAGUUUGGCUGGGAACAUUUCCAAAGGUGUUCAGCUAACAGUAUAAGGUUACAAACUUUUUUGAAAGAGAAUCUGCUUUCACUACAUCUGAAAGAUGAUGUAGUUUCAUAUGUUAAUAAGGUCACUUUCUCAACAGUCCUGGCAUAGCAAGAUUAGUUUUUUUUGUUGCAGGUAAAGUGAUACUAAUGCUUUAUGAAUUGUAUUUCUGGUGAUAUCGGGAUAGUAGCAUCAACACAUACUUGUCUAUAUAGGGCUCGGGUAGGGUCUGUUGUGGACAAAUUGUGUGUUCUAUGUAUUCUAUACCUCCUACAUUGAAUUAGAACCAAGUUAAAGUAGCUAUUUCUGUAGCAGUUAAAAACUUCAGCUCCAGAAAUGCUCAGGCUGUUGGGAGUCACUGUAGGUGCUAGCUGGUGUGGAGAAUUGUAGUACAGCAAUAGAUGCAUCACUACAUACAGCCUUAAAAGAUAACCCCAUCCAAAACUGAUGGUGUUCAAUCAGUAAAUAUGAAAAACAAAUUUGUACUUCACUCCGCACCCUUCUGUCCUACCACUACCAGCCUGUUUGAAACCAGCUGACCAAUGCCCCUCCCCUAUAAGCUCACCAUUUAUAUAAAAGUAAGGUUUAUGGGGACCUCAAAACAAACCAAUCUGUAAGAGGUGUGCAAUGUAUGGUGGUCACAGCCCUCAAUGAUCUGGCGAACAGCCCAUCCAUGGUAUCUACAAAUUACAUUUUCAUAUUAAUUGUUUGUCCUCAAUUCACGACUCCAUUUUUUGUUUUUUAAGUUAGGAUUUUGGAGUUCUGCUAUAACCGUUCCCUUUUCAGUCCCUCUUUUUGUGAUUUACCUGCAAGUGGAACACAGAUUAUUACUCUGCCUCUACCUUCCAUUUUUAGCAGUCCUCAACUGUUGGGAGCAGUGAGAGCAUAAACCAAGAGUAUUAAAUAGUAAAUAAGCAGUAAGUAAGUAAAUAUGUCACACAAGGUGGUGCCCUGCUCCUUUGCAUGUAUUUAUGCCUCAUUGAUCCUUGGAUUAAAACACACUAAAAUUAUAUAUAUAUAUAUAUAUAUAUAUAUAUAUAUAUAUAUAUAUACACUAAUUUGAAGCAGAUAAGAUGCUUUUUAUACAUUUUAAUGUACGUUGAUUUUUUUAAUUUAUUUUUUAUUACAAAUGUUUGUAAAUUGCACUUUAUAUGCUGUUAUUCUCUAUUCUUUGAUACCAGAACAAAGUUGUAAAAGUACUUUGCACAAUGUUUGCUUUCAUUUCUGUCACCAUCAGCAGCCUCUUCAUUUUUCAAUGAUACACAUAAAUAUAUAUAGACACAUACAUCCUGUUUUUGAGAUUAGUAUAGUUGUAGCCAUAGUCUUAUAGGCCGAGAUGAAUGAAAAUGUAUCUGCUGACUAGUUCCAUUGUAUGUUUCUACACUGGAUACUGUAUGUCUACAGAUUUGUUCUGUAAUAUAAUAUAUAGGUAUCCAAGGUAGUACAUACUUUACCAUCUACUUCCAUCUAUGGUAUGACUGUUCAUUCAGGUUCACUCUUGUUACUUUUAGAUGUUUAAACAUUUACAUUCCACAUGUUAACUACAGCAAAAGUGACAGCAUAAUAUUGUACAUUCCUUCUGUGAAA